AUGGAGCCAACUCAAGGCAGGUUUGAGGUGGAGAAAUUUGAUGGAGAAGGUGAUUUUACUUUGUGGAAGCAUAAGGUAUUGGCACAAUUGGAGAUCUUAGGGCUUGACUCAGUACUUCAGCCAGAGGCUGUUAUAGAACCUAAAGGAAAAGGGAUCUUGGAAGUAGGAGUCGAACCUGUAGUGAAGCUUGAUCCUAAGAGGCUGGAGAAAGAUUGGAGGGUAAGAAAUCUCUUGACGCUGGAGGACAUAUAUCAAUAUAAGACUCUGCCACACAGGUUUUAUCUCAAGCAAAGAUUCUACAGCUAUAAGAUGGAUGAAGACAAGAAUCUGGAUAAGAACUUGGAUACAUUCAAUAAGUUGAUAUCUGAUCUUGCAAGCCUGAACGUAGAGAUGAGUGAAGAGGAUCAAGCUGCAAUUCUUCUUAACAGUUUUCCUAAAAGGUUUGAUCAUUUGGUUCACACUUUGAAGUAUAGUGGUGGAAAAGAUACAAUCUCACUCAAUGAGAUUAUCAGAUCAGCCUAUUCUAUGAACACCCGUCAAAGGAUGGAUGGGUAUUAG